AUGGAUGUCGUUUCCUUCACAUUCACUGCCCCGCUUACUCGAUCAUUGAAAACAUCUACACAGAUUGCAGAGAAAAACAAUGGCAUUCGCAUGGAUAACCGGGGUAAGCGAUUGUUACCCGACACCGAGAGUAUGAACUUGUCUUCAUUGGGACAAAAUGUGAUAGGAGGAGAUGCUUUAAGUAUUCUUUUGGAACGAAAGCUUCUGGAACUAAACAAUGCAAUUGAAUCUUCCUCUAAGAAAUCUCUCAGAUCUGAACCAGAUUCAACUUCUAUAUCAUUUUCGCAAGAACGAAACCUUUCCUCCUGCGAUCUUCAACCGCUGAGAUCGAUACACAAGGACUCGAUGAGAUGGAUGGAUGAAUGCAGUAGUAGCACUCUUGAUGCACGGCAACCUAGUCCGGUUUCUAUCCUUGAACCUUCAUUUUCAACUGAAAGCUGCAACUCCUCGGAUAGCACGGAUAGUUUCAGUAUUGAUGGAAGCAAGCGGUGUUCGACAAUUCAAACUGCGGAAGUUCUUCGACUGAGUCCUUUAAAGAAGUUACGCACACUAGAAGCUGAUACAGAGUUAUCGGACUCGGCUUCUUCGAUAUCAUCCGGAGCAGUGGCCAAAAGUAAUCGUAAUAUUGUUGCUAUGUCAGAUCCUAUAAUAUCAGUGAACUGGGAACUAGAAUAUGUGAAGUUGAUAGUCUGUAAUGUAGAAUUGAUGUUCAAGGACUUUGCCAUAGGCCGAGCUCAUCAAAUUAUAAACCCUUGUCUGUUCAAUCAGUUGGAAAGACGAAGAAGCGAUGGCGAGGAGGGUAAGCUAGAACGUAAGGUACUAUUCGAUUCGGUCAGUGAAUGUCUCAACUCAAAAUGCAGACAGUAUGCGAGUGGGGGACACCGAACAUGGGCCAAAGGGAUGGCGAUUAUGAGAAGAAACAAGUGGUUAGCCGAAGAAGUACACAAGGAGAUCUCAAGGUGGAGAGCCAUGGGAGAUUGUAUGGUCGAUGAGCUCGUCAACGACGACAUGAGCAGCGGAUACGGAAAAUGGCUAGACUUCGAAGUUGAUGCCUUUGUAGUUGGAGUAGACAUUGAAGAACAAAUUAUGAAUGCUUUGGUUGAUGAAAUGAUUGGUGAAAUUCUGCAGUUUUAAUUGCCCCUUAGUCACUUGAGAUGUCCGAUAUUGCCGAGGUCUAAGGACAUGAUGGUGCAUUUGUAUUUGGGGACAAU